UGAUGGAGCAUGCGCUGAGCGGCUGGGCGCGAAGGCCGAACUGUAGAGUUUAUUAGUUUGAGGCAGAGCUUUCCCGCGGCUGGAGCCGCUUGGUUUUAAAGGUCGCGAUGAAGUUAUUUUAACUGGAACGCUCAGAGCUGCUGAAGCCGCACGGCCCUUUUCGUCCUGACGCCUUUUCUUCCUCAGGUGUUUUUUUCCGUUCAUUGCCCCGCGAUGUCAGUAUCCGAGCUACAGCCGUGCACGGAGUUAACAUUUGGUGAAGAAAAAACAAAUGACAGUGAUAACGACAGUGGCAAGGGAAGUUAUGGAAUGGUCUCCCCACAUUCAAACAAAGAAAUGUGCCAUGAUGGUGGAGAUUCGGAAGAAGAAAUUUUUACCAGCAAGAAAAUUAGAAGGAAACCUUUGCAAGAGAGUGAUAGUGAUGGGGAGGCAAGCGAUCUACACAGAAACAGCAAUUCAAAACCAGAAUUCGACAAUGAAAAUGAAGAGCGAAACUUGAAUGUUGAUGCUGGAGAUAAAAGCAAGAGGCUGCGACGUAUUCGGAGAGUAAUGUUGGAUAGUGAUGAAAGUGACUUGGAUAUUAUUAACGGUGAAGAUCAAGUGAGAAUAAUAAAAUCCAGUUGUGUUGGUAGAGAAAAUGAGGAACAGCCCGCAACAGAACCCAGACAUGAAAACUCUGAUUCAGAUAGCUCUACAGUUAGCUUACAAACAUCUGAACGUUCGAAACAUCACAAGGAACGAGUAAAUCGAAAGGACAAAUCCCAGAGACAGCGAGAGAGAGCACAGAAAAAGCUGGAAGCAUUUGAGAAACUGCAGAGAAAGAAGAAACAACCAGAAAAAAUGGAAGAGUCUACAGAAUACAAGACAGCAGAUGACAGUGGCUGCCUGCUAAACAACAGUGACCUGUUUGAAACGGAAAUGGGUGAUAUGAAUGAACUUGAUGCAGAGGAAGAAUUGUCAUUGGAUGCCAUACGAGCAACCAUAAAGAAGAAAGCAAAACAAUCCAAAAGAAUGAACCUGGUGCCAUCUGGUGAAAAUCUCCAGGAUUAUGAUUACGCGGAAGCUUUGCAAGUAGAGGAGAAAAAGGUACGUAUAGAGAGGAAGGCAGCUAAACAGAGUAAGGAGGCAAUACGUCAGAUCCAUAGUGAAACUCAACGAUUGAUGCGAGAGGCAAGUUUGUCACUACCAUAUCAUCUGCCACAGCCAAAAACCAUUCACGACUUUUUCAUGAAACGACCACGACCAGCUUUCCAAGGAAAUGCCAUGUCAUUGAUCAAAUCAGCUAAAUAUCAAUCCUGCUUGCUACAGGGCACCUCAAAGAUCCCAACAGAGAUUGAAAGUAUAAAUGCUGUUCCUCAAGAUCAUGGACUCGUGGAUCAGUCGUGUAACAAUGAAAAUGUCACAGCUGCAGAUAUUUCAGCUGUAGAAGAAUCCAAUUUAACCAGAUCAAAUAAUAAAGAAAAUAUUUGUCCUAAUCCACCUGAGUGUGAAAUUCAGAUGGAAAAGCACAAUGGACCUGUUGAGAUAAUAGAACAGUCUGAUAUUUCCACUGACUUGGAAAGCAAUGGAAAAGACUCUGUAAAUGCCGAACGUAGCACAGAACCUGACAGUUACUCUUUCUGUUUGGAACUAACUGAUGAAACUGGGUCCAGCGAUGGACAAACAAUUUUGCCUGAGAAUCCUCAUGGAAAGGUUGAUAAAAUAGUACCUGAUUCUGUACUGAAGCUCUCCAGUGAAGUACCAAGAGAUAAAGAAGAACUGCAUAAACAGUUGAAAACUACUUCAAUGGCCAAACAACGAAAAUGCAAAUUGGAUAAGUUACGGGUGCUAGGUGUUGACCUAACAUUAAAACCUCGCCUUUGUGCAGAUGAAGGUGCAUUUGUGAACUUGGAAGAGCCCAAAGAAAACAAAGAGUUGCAAGCAUUAAAAGAGCGUUUUCUGAAACAUAGCAUCAAGCCUGUUAAACAGAACCAAGAGCGUCGUGUAGAGCUUAACACUAUUCGGAAAAUGACCGAUGCUAAUGGCAAAGAAGAACUUAAGGCAGAUUCGGUAGUGGUAACCUUGGGCACAAAAGAAGUGGAGGAAUUUGGCCCAGCAAAGCCAGGUGAGAAACUGCAAGUUUUGAAAGCUAAACUCCAGGAAGCCAUGAAAUUGCGUCGUGUAGAAGAGCGACAGAAACGGCAAGCAUUGUACCAGCUUGAUAAUGAGCAGGGCUUUGAGAAUGAAGAAGAUGAGGAAGAAGAACUGACAGAGUCUGAAGAAGAUGACCAUGAGACUGUAGAAUUCCUCCUUGGUGAUGAGGAUGCUGGGGUGGAAGCAGACAAUGACACUCAAUCUACUGAGACAGCACAGAAUCAAGACAUAUUAACCCAGAAGGCAUCGACACCAACACCAAAACCUAUUGCCUUAGAAUUUUCACAGGCCUUAAACGCUGACACUGCUCCUUCCUGUAAAAUAAGCGAACAGACUACUGGCAACAAAUUGAGGCUACAGCUUCAACAGAGUCCACCCAAAGGAGAUAGCAAACUUGAUGAAGAUGAUUCCACCUCCCAAGCCUCAACAACCAAGGAGAACAGUCACAACAGUAGCUUUGAGCUAAUUGGGUCAAUGAUUCCCUCCUACCAACCAUGUAACAAACAGCCAGGCAGAUUUGGUGUUGCUAUGCUGGGAGGAUUCAGAUCACCAUCGCCCAACCUCUUUAAUCCAAACAGUCAGAUCAGAACAAGCUUCAUCAGUUCAGCAUCCAAGAGUUCUGGAAAGCUAUCAGAGCCCUCUAUGCCGGUAGAAGAUUCACAAGAUUUGUACAAUACAUCUCCAGAACCAAAGAACUCAACUGGUGAAUCUCAAUUCAGAUUCUGUCUUGAAGAUGAAACUCAAAGCCAGUUACUUGAUUCAGAUGGAUUUUUGAAUGUGGGCCAUCGCAUUAACAAGUGGCAGCUGUCAAAACGUCAACUGCUUCUGGAUAGUAUGGAUGAAAAUGCAAUGGACGCAAACAUGGGCGAGUUGCUGGGUUAUUGUUCCGGAGAGUUUAAAUCUCAAAAUCCUGAUACACCCAAGGAAAAGAGCAAAGAAAAAGAGCAAAAUUUUGAUGAGUUGCUUGAACUUUGCUCUGGCAAGUUUCUAUCUCCAGCAGAAUCUUCAUCUUCCAUCACUUCUGCAGCAAAGGAACAAAAAACCGUGACCACAGCAUCAGAUGAUCUUAUGACUGAGGUGCUUGCACUUUGCUCAGGCUCUUUUCCAACAGACAAGGAAGAGGAUGAGGAAAAUGAAGAUGGCCAAUUUCAGCUGCUAACCGAUGAUGAAGUUUUUGAGAGUGAGGAUGAGAAAAGUGUUGAAGAGGAAGAUGACGAGAAAGUGGAUGAUGAAGAGCAGCAGAUGGCCCGGGAAGUUCUCAUGAAGCGCAAACUGAAACUAAAAGACUUUGUAGAAGACGAGGCUGAACUCUCUGGCAGCGAAGUGGCAAGUGAUGACGAAUAUGAUGCAGAAUCUGAUGAUUAUGAAGAGGAUGUAAUUGAAGAAGAUCUUCCAUCAGAUGAGGAACUACAAGAACAAGUGAACAAAAUUCACAUGAAGGUUUUGAUGGAUGAAGAUAAACGGAAGUUGCGUCUUUAUCAAGAACAUUACCUAGCUGAUGGAGACCUGCAUAGUGAUGGGCCAGGUCGCGCACGCAAAUUCCGUUGGAAAAAUAUUGAUGAUUCCUCACAGACUGACUUAUUUCGUGGAGAUUCUGAAGAUGAGCCAGAUGAAGAGGAAGUAGAUCAGGCAGAAGUAAAAUGGCGAAAAGAUCGAUUUGAACGUGAACAGUGGUUUCGUAAGCAGUCGCAGGAUGCAGGUAGUGAGGAAGAAGUUGGUGAAGACAGCCAAUUCAUGAAACUGGCAAAGAAAAUUACUGUGAAAACUUUACAGAAAGGUAUUUCCACAGAAGUAGUUUCAGAGAAAAAGCAACAGGAAUCGGCGGGACUCAAGCCCCAGAAAUCUUCCUCUGUCCUUCGGAUGAGAAAUGGAUCUCUGCUCAAUCAACCACGGGAAGUACUGCAGAAACUAGCAACACUGUCAGAUGUGAAUCUAAAUGCUCCUCGUGCCAACUCCCGUAAAUUUGUCUUCCAUACACUAUCUCCAGAAAAAGAUGAAAAGAAAUUGAUGACAGAAUCAAAACCACAGAUGAAAAGAAAGGCAGCAGCUACUCCAAUCUCCUCAUUGGCAAAACGCUCACGGACAGAGAAGACGCCAACAAAAAACGCUCAUACCAGAAGUAUAUUCCGAUAUCUAGAAAAAUGAUUAUUGUAAUUAUAAUGUAGCUUCAAAGUGUGUUCAGCUUGUGUUUGUAAAUUAGCUGUGUUGUACAUGUCUGUUCUAUAAAUGCUCUUUUGUUAGAUUGUUUUAUCCAAUAAAUAAAUUACCCAUUUUUUAUAA